GUUUUAUGUGACCUGGCAACAGGCAAGCAAACACUCAAGCAAACCUUUUCACUUGUAUCAAAUAAAUAAAUACACAGCAAGUUAAUUUUUGUAGAGCUUAAGCUAUAUAAAAUGGAUACUACGCAGGAAUCAGAUCUUCUGGGCGAAGAGGAGUUGGAAAAUGAGAACGACAUAUCCUUCCCCCGUGAUAUCGUCAGUGUAGAGCACUCCUUUGGCUACGAUUGUAAGAAACUGUUUAAUUUGGUCCUUGUGGAUUCAGACACUCUAGUUUUUGCCUCGGGAAACUUCCUCAAUUACUUUAGUAUUACGCGCCAGGAGAUUUCCUUUCAGGAAACGGUCUACGGCUGCGGAGUUGGAUUUGUUACGAAAAACGAGCAUCCCAAGUACACCAACCUCUUUACGGUGGGCGAGAACGGAGCUCGCCCCACUGUUUUUAUCUACGAGUACCCAUCGCUUAAUGUCCGUGUAAAGCUUCUGAAUGCAGCCCAGAAUUGUUUUACGGCGGGCUCUUAUAAUAAGACCGGGGAAUUGUUUGCCUCGCAGGCUGGCUAUCCGGAUUUCAUCAUAACUAUUUGGCUCUGGGAGAAGGCAGAGGUCGUCCUGCGUGCCAAGUCCUUCCAGAGCGACAUUCUGUUCGUGCACUUUUCGGAGCACAAUCCCAUUCUCCUCUGCUCUUCGGGUCUUAGCCACAUCAAGUUCUGGAAGAUGGCCAACACCUUCACCGGCCUGAAGCUGAAAGGAGAUCUGGGACGCUUUGGCAAGACAGACUUCAGUGAUAUCUAUGCCAUGUACAUGUUGCAAGAUGAGAAUGUGAUCUCAGGCAGCGAUUGGGGCAACAUGCUGCUUUGGCAGGCGGGGCUCAUAAAGUUCGAGAUCUGUCGGAAAGGUCGAAAACCGUGCCAUACAAAACCCAUUACAAGGAUAACCAUGAAGAAUGGUGAAGUGACCACUGUUGGAAUGGACGGUUAUGUGCGCGUUUGGUACUGGGAAACGGUAGACUUGGCCGAUCCCCCAGAGGACGAUUUGUUUGUGGAGAUCGAUCCGAUCUACGAGUUCAAGAUUGCCGACGUGGAGCUCCGUUCCAUGCAGAAAAUCCAUCCUUUUGAUGAGUCGGAUUUCACCUACUACGCCCAAGAUGGAAAUGGAGGUAUUUGGUUCUGCGACAUUAACACUUACGAUGUCCCUCAAAAACCGAAAAAGCUCUACUCCUGCAUUGGCGGUAAGGUACUGUCAGCCCAGAUGUCCCCAGUGUCGCCCCAUUUCCUUUGCAUGUCGGAGAGUGGAAAGCUGUUUCUUUACCAAUACGAUGAUCAGCGCCUGAUCCUGGAGAAACAGUUCCCGGCGGAGGGAGUCGAUGUGAUCUGGUUGGAUACGAAUAUCUCGGUAAAGGGAACCGAAUUAGUGGCAGCGUUCAAGGAUGGUGUUCUGCGGCAGUUGUAUCUGGACCUAAGCAACCCAGAAAGACCAAAGAUGACUCGCGUGAGAGCCUUCAAGGCGCACACAUCCCCGAUUACUGGACUCACUGUAAACCGGAACAGUUCUAUACUCCUUACAGGUAGCGCUGACAAGAGCAUAUUCAUCUACCAAUUGAGCCAGGAUAAAAAUCAGAUGGUAGACAUGCGUCCGCUGGGAUUUAUCCAGUUUGCAGCUAUUCCGAACUGCUUCUACUGGAGCGAGACGGAGCCCACCGUGGUCCUGGUGGGUUGCAAGAGUGGUGAUCUGUACGAGUAUAAUAUCCGCACAGAGGUCACCGAUCAGGAGACUUACCUGUCCUAUAACAUAACUGAAAACUCGCGCAUGCGUUACACAAAGUUCGCUUCCAUUAAAAGCCGCAUCCGAAGGGACAUCAAUCGGGAGAACGCGAAGAAGCGCAAGGAACGCAAGCGAGAGCGCAAGAUGAACGAGGUCGAGAAAUUGAAGAAGGCCAAUCCCGGUCUGCAGAUCGACAUGGAGUCAGCGCUGGCGGACUCGGAACCGGAUGAAGAGGAGGAGCCGCUUCACAUCCCCGUCGUGCCCAACGCAAUCAUCUGGCUGCGGUACACCGUCAGAGAUACAAUUUGGGUGUCCAUGGCGGGCUAUGAUGCGGGAUAUAUCUAUGAGCUGGAGUUCAAUGCGGCGGAGCCCACUCAAGCCACCAUCAUUGCGGAGGCGGAUGAUAUCGAGAUACACUCGUAUUGCAUAAUUGAUGACUUCAUCAUCUUUGGUCUCCACAAUGGACGGAUUCGAAUCAAUCGCAUCAAUCCGGACAAUUUUACGGACCUCUCCGAGUUCCGCAUCUAUCCGAUGCACGACGGCCUGAAAGGCACCAUUCCCAAAAUCGAUAUUAGUUACAGUGGUGAGCACUUACUCACUGUUGGCUACGAUGGAAACGUGUUCCUACACAAGUGGAACGGUCCGAAAAUCGUUAGGAACAAGAAGAGGGAUAUACUGCCGCCCCUGCCGGAGGGAGUAAGCCAGAUUCCGGACAUAGAGGCGGAGGCUACAUCCCUGGAGCAGGAUAAAAUCAACGCGGAGCUGCGACGCCAACAGGAAGCAGCCGAUGCACAUGAUCGUGAUGUGCUCAAUAAAAUCGGAGUACUCCAGAACGUCUACUUCGACAUUAUCAAGAUCAAUGAGGAGCUACCGGCGGGCCUGAGGGCCAAGGAUACCGACUUGCUUCUGGACGAUCGCAUCACCCGACAAAUUCGAAAUGAGCUGCAGGCGGAGUUGGAUGAUGUUCGAGAGGAUCUGGCCUACGACUUGGAAUUUGCCCAGGUGGGACACUCGAAGCUGUACAAUCACUUCCUCAAGCAGCUCGUCCAAGUCCCCUUCACAGUCAAUCCAUUGCGUGCCAAAGUGCCGGGUGUGUCCACAUUCCGCCUACAGGCUCUGGGAGAAGAGCACGCGCAGAUUAAGCAGGAUAUCGAGGAGCGUCUGAAACGGGAGCAUGACAUGGGCCUUUACACGGAGGAUCGAGUACCAGAACAACCGGAAGUACUGCAUGAUAUUGUGGUUCCCGAGACAUCGGAAGAAUCCAUUGGGGAGCCCCCGCCCGAGUCGUUCUUCUUUGGACGGGAUCCGAAGAGCAUCGAACCGCGCUUCAGCAAGAAAAUGAUGCGACUCCUGAACCGCUACCGAAAACGUCAGUUCUACGAGGUGCGCCGCAUCUUCGACUGGGACAAGCUGGAGCGGCAGAAGCCGGACCCCAAUCGUAACCAUCCCGAUGACGAUGCCCAGAUCGAGGAUGCCAAACGCAACUUGGGUGACUUUAAGCUAAAAAUCGGAUCGGACUAUGAGCCGAAGUCAUCGGAAACCUUGACCCAGAAGUACAUAGAGAUCGUUGAGUGCCGCGAACAAUACUUUGCUAUGGUGGACUCCUUCAACCAGAUGGUGAUGGAGCUGCGCGAACGCAAGGGUGAGCUGGACCAGUUCAUAAGCGCCAAGAGGAAACGCCUUGAAGUGAUUCAUAACUAUCUGCCCGAGCCGGACCGUCAGCCCUUGGAACCGAUUCAGGAAACGGACAUGGACUUGGAGUACCCAGAACUUAAUCUCUGCGAGCACUAUACGCCCGGCUGUGGUGUAGAGAUUGACGAUAUCCUAACCCUGGAGGACAGUGCAGAACAGGUGAUAUCCAGGCUAGCUCCAAUAAGAUCCGCUGGCAACGUAAGCCUUUUCAGUAUGCACGGCUUGGAUGUACCCGAGCUUCACGAGAAUGCCGCUUUCACGAUGCUCCAGAUCUCGAAGCUGACCAGAAGUCUUCCCAAUGCAGAGCUGACCGAGGAGCUGCUAAAGCUGCCGCCUAGGAGUGAUCCGGCCUACUUCGAGUUGAAUGAUGAUGGCCAGACGCCCUACAUGAUGGAGACCCGUCAUCGAUGGCUUCGUCAUUUACUUGUGGAACAGGAUGCCAUACGGACAGAAGUGGACGAGGAAGUGCGGCAGUUUGAUAAAGCACUGGAAAAGCUGCAGGUACGACGCUUCCACGUCAAACUGGACGCCGAGUUUAUGACUUCAUUCAUGAACAGCCUAAAUCAGGAGCUCUACAUCCUACGCGACAGCGAGGAGAUAGAGACGCAGCUGCUUCUAAACGCCAAGACGGCGAUGAGCACCCGGAAUGACCUACAGAUGGUUAUCAAUAGCACCAACAGGCAGUUGGAUGAGCUGAGGCGCAACAUCGACAAGCUGGGCGAGCAAAUCGUAGCCCUGCAGGUACUCUUCGCGACCACCGUUAAGGGUCACAAGUUUUUCGACUUCCUGCGACGCAUCUUCAAGAAGAAGUGGCGUCCACCGAAGGUAUCCAGAGGGGAGGACGAGAGCUCCUCUUCCUCCUCCUCAUCUUCGUCAUCCAGCGAGGACGAACAGGCCGAUAACAAGAGUUUGGACUCACUGGACAUGACCACUAUCCGAUUGGACGAAGCCACCUGCCCCACCGGCCUGGAUCGAUCGCUAUACGACUUGGCCUUCUCCAUGCGCGCCGACCGCCACGAACUGGAGCGAAAUGUACGGGAUCUGAUACGCGAAGUGGAGAACAAACGCAAAGAAAUCGCCGAGAUGCAAAUCAAGAUGAAGUUUCACGAGGAAGUGUACCAACGCGAGAAGAAUGCCCUGUUGCAAUUCCGGCGUAAUCGACAGCAGGAAGUGAACAAGGUAAACAUCAGCGCCAUCCUGCGUAUGGACCAACUGCAGCAUUUCUAUGACGGCGACGACUACCGCGACCUGUCCAAAGCCAUUCUCUUCGACGCCGACAUGCUAGUGGACCUGCGUCGCCGGGCGGAUCAACUAAGUGAGGAGACACAGGCGACCAAGCGCUGGCACCGAAUAAACUUCAUUCACUUGAGACGUAUGAACACGGACAUAAAAUUCAUGCGAUUCGAGAUAACGCGGCUCGAAGAGGAGAUUCGCCAGGCAAUGAUGAAGAAGUUCGGCAUUAUUGUCAAUCUGGAUGAGUUGGAGGAGGAGGUCCUGAGGCGUUACAUUUUUGAUCUGGAAACCAAUGCCGAGGAUGAGCUUAUGGCUCUCGAAAAGGAGCUUUUGGAGAAAGAGAAAGAACUCUCUCGCUGCGAGGAGGAACUGGUCCUGGAGACCCAGAAUAACACCGAGAAGGUUAACAUAAUGACCGUGCUCCGUGAAGAGAACAAUUUCCUUCGCACUUUGUUGGACAUUCAGAACAAAAACUACGCCAAGUGGAGCAAUCCAAAUGUACUGAAUCUGUCCUACGAUAUUGAGAAGCUGAGGGGCAUUGAAAAAUCAUUGCUGGACCAGAUUGAAUGCCUGGAGCGGGAAAUUUGUGCCCUGAGGCUGAAGUCCAAGCCGCUGCAAAUCAAUUACGAGUUCGAGUUGGAUCCCAAUGCACAGCCACAGGUUGUGGCCAGUGAAAUAAUGCCCAAUGACGAUGCAAUGGUAUGUCCCGCAAUCCUCACUGUGGAUGCAUACAUGCUGCCACCCAUGCCCGACGAGUUUAUCAUGGAUCGCGUACAGACCAUUGUCCAGAAGAGUUUCAAUCGCUUCUUUGGAAAGAACACCACUCCGGAGAAUGUGCGCAAGUUUGCCCAGCGUUCCUCGCUUUAUUUGUGCCAGGCCGCCUACAGUUUCCAGGGUCGCUACACGGAUCGCAUAGCCGAGUGCAUAACGGAGCAUCUGCAGACGAUUGUGCCAAAGAAGUACUUCAUACACAUCAGCGGCGAGGAGCUUCGCAAGCUAUUCAAUGAGGUUGUGGCUGUGUUCGACUACGAGCGCUCUGAUGUGAAUACCGAGGAGCUGAUCUCUGGAAUUUUCGAUCACGCCAAGGACUCGCUGUGCGCUCGUAUCCAUCUGGGCGAUUCCGAAGUUGUGAACCGCACCCACUUCAUCGUUGCUCACAUGUUCAAGGAGCUGAUUGAGGUUCUGCCGCUGGAGGACUUUCAGUCCGACGAGACCCUUCGCAUGAUUGUGGACGUUCUGGAGCGUGAACCGAUGGUGGAUCCUCGAGCCAUCGGCGUGGAGCAGUUGAUCCAAAGCACGCUCCAGCACGCCCAGGAGAAUCUAAUCGAUGGGAUUACAGCGGUUCCCGUUCGCAGCCUGGGCAGCUCUAUUCAAAGAGACCUGAUAAAAAGGCGCCAGUAUAAGCAGCCCAGUUGCGAAUCGCCAAUGUCGGUGCGGAUAGCCACGAAAAAGCCAGGAACCAGCAGUGGGCUGCCUUUCUAAACUUGCAUAGGA